AUGGGUGAAGUCAUUGGACGCGGCAGCAGUGCGGUAGUUCACCAGGCUUGGCAGCGGAAGACGGGAGCAUUCGUCGCGAUAAAGAAGUUCGGGCGCGACAGUCUCGAGGGAACUGACCUCAAGGCUGUACACACCGAGAUUGAGCUUCUGAGCAAGCUCGACCACCCGAACAUCGUCAAGUAUCUUUGCUCGAUCGACGGCAACGACGGUCAUCUUCACGUUGUUUUGGAGUACAUGGAGAAUGGGAGCUUGGCGCUGCGUCGGCGUCCAUCUGCCUCCGUGCGCGACCGCUUCGGGGACUUUUCUGAGCCUGUUUGUGGUUCCUACGUCAAACAGGUACUCUUCGGACUUGCAUAUUUACACGCCCAGGGUGUCCUGCACCGGGAUAUCAAGGGUGCCAAUAUUCUGACAACUAAGACUGGGGUGGCAAAGGUUGCCGACUUCGGAGUUGCGGCGCGCUUCGACGGCGAAGCCGUCGUCGGUUCGCCCUAUUGGAUGGCUCCAGAGAUUAUCGAGAUGUCUGCGCCACCAUCGGCCGCGUGCGACAUUUGGAGCCUUGGGCACGCGCCUGUAUGCACCAUCCUCGAGCUAACGACUGGGCGGCCACCCCACUUCGAACUGGCGCCCAUGGCUGCGCUCUUCCGGAUCGUUCAAGAUGAGGGCCCACGGCUGCCCGCGGGAGCCAGCGAGGCGCUUCGUGAUUUCCUCCUCCAGUGCUUCAACCGUGAGGCAGUCCUCCGCGCCGGGGCCAAGAGCCUGCUCUGUCAUGCAUGGCUCCAACGCGCGCCUGAACGAACUCUUCGCGUGUUGUCCGCGUCAGCUGCUCAGGGAGUCUGGAGUAUCACGCGCCACCCGAUUACGAUGCGACGUGGCACGACCGCGCUGCAGGUGCUCAUGAUGUCGAUGCAAGUCAGGAUUGUUCAGGAGGAGCCAUUGUUCGUGUGCGGAGCGCACCAUUCAUCCGCGGCAGCGCUGUCGUGUCAUCUUCCAUCGGAAUCGCAGGAGAGGACUGCAGCGCACACUGCCUCACGUCUAAUGCGCAUUCGGACGCAGACCCCAUGCUAG